AUGGACUUCCCUGGGGGCGCAAACACUAACAUACAUCUCAUUGAUGGCUUUUCCAAUAUCUAUUGGAGGAUAUACACAGAAGAAUCUCGUGGCCCAAAUCAACCACAAGAAGGCCCUACCAAUGGCUACACCAUCUUGAAGCAUCUGAGUCGCCUCAAGGAUUUAGAGGCUCGACUAAGAAGCCUGAAUUGCCUGGCGUCCUCCCCAAGGCGCUUAGGUCUUUGGGUUUUCUCCUCUACUCCUGAAUUUGAAAGCCUGAAACCCCUCUAUCUGAGUGGCGAAGAUAACAAUAAAAUUGUUGUUGGCACCACAACUUUGAAAGUUGGUGCUUUGGGGAGUGUCACCGCGCUGGACUUAGUAAAAGGACUCACCGACAAUCAGGCUCAGGUAGCCCAACCUGGGCAGCCACGACCAACUCAAGGGCAAGCACCACCUCGACGCCAAGAUGGCCUCAUCAACUCAGCGGGUAUUUAUGCUGCUUUCAUUUCUGCAGUCACAGGUUCAAUCAGCCUUCAGCUAAUUCGAUGUCAUGGCGCUUUACCGCUCGGGUCGCGCACUCUCUACACCGCGGUGGAGAAACUAGGCUAUGAAAGUUCCCAUAUUGAUAACGACAGCAUCUUUUCUAAUUCAUGCUUAACGACGCUGAAUGUUCAGCUCACUUUGGGUGGAACCAUAACCGUUUCCGCCCAGACUGUACCGCAAACUGGUAUUAGGCGACUGGCGCCCCGAGAUAAUGUCGCCGAUCUUCUUAGCAUGCAGCCUGGAAUCGAUCUUUGGUUAUGUCCCAAUGGAACUAUCGCUCGACUUGUCACAGCAAAUAUCGAUGCGCCUACCGCUUCUUCUCCAGGACAUCCCACAUCGGGCGAUGUGUCAGCACAGCGAUUGCAGUGGAAGCUGGAUGUUAUACAGUGGUUGCAGAAUUUUGGCUUGCAGAUUGGCUCGGCCGACGAAGAGUCCUGGGUUGAAAUAGAGGUCUGGGAGGCAUUCUAUGCUAGGCUUGCUGGAGAAGCAUGGCGACAGAGUGAUGAUGGUCAAUCUGCGCUGCCGCUGAAACGCAUGCUUUGGCCUGCUAGAUUUUGUUUCAGAAGGGCUAGCUCAUCGAAUACCACCUUCGAAACCCAGAUGCCCCUUUUCGAUGAUCCUCUAGAUUUCGCAGACCGUUGGACUUCACAAGCGAGCUCUCUCAAGCUAGAUCACUCAGCCCAAAAUAUUCAUUUCCCACAGGAGCGUCAAAUAAAAGAACAGGAAAUAUCGCCAUCGCCCAAAGCCGACCAUCUGGAAAGUACAGAGAGUCUAUCUCGAAUUGCGCAAUAUCCUGAUCUGCAAAACACAAAUUUGGUCUAUCCAACUCCUCCAGAUGGAGCUGCGGCAACCGACAUGAACAAUCCAAAUCCGUCCGAGGCUUUUGCGGAAGAUUCUGACUUCGGGCUACCUAACGCACCCCCACGAGAUCCUCAAAGGGAUGCUUCGGGGUCAGAGCCAUCACCCGGGAAUGAAAUUGGGGUUGGCACUGGCCGAUAUGAUGCAAGUGACGAGGAAGAUCUCUUCGGGGAUAUGAAUGACAGGGACUUUGGGUCGAAGGGUAUCACUGAUGCUGACUUUAGCUUCUUUGAUGACCCCGACUUUGAAGGCAUGGGCGAUGAGCAUGUGGAACAACCACAAGGAACCAUCCAAGCAUCCCAGGAUUUAUCCCGUCUAGAGGACGAACCUAUGAUUGAUGAAAAUUCAUCUCCUAAUUUGCCACUGGAAAUACCAAAUGAUGCGGAAACGGAGGCAUAUGUCUCUCCAAUGCAGAAAGAAGCCCCACAACCCAAUGAGCCUAUCUCUCCUCAAGGGGUCGCUCAUUCGCCUACAGAUCGGACAGGCCAAACAAUCAGCCCACCUUUAAGUCCAAUCGAAAUCAAAAAGAUCCUAUUCCCCGAACACGAGACCAAUGACGACAGGAUCUCUACUGAUAUCCAUGGCCAAGGACAUUACCAUCCCGUGGCCUUUGAGAAGAAACUUUGCGACUGGGACCAAAAGUAUGGAACAGCUGGAAAGUUUUGGUUUUCAGGGGGCGGCCCUUCAGAUAUAUAUGAGCAAACAUCCGCGAUACCUACCAUUGGCCUCCCACACCGCAACAGAACCAGUAUCAAUACAAGUGCUGCUGCAAAAGAGCGCAGCAGAGCCAUUUUGUCUCUGGUUCAAACAAAGAAAGGUCUGCCAUCGUCCUCGGUUUCAAGCAGUGAUAGCGACGAAAGCAGCGACGAUAUGGCAGAAGUCAUGCCAGAGCACCCUCCAACUCCUUCCGUCCCGUCGUUAAUACCUUCUUUGAAGCGAAAGCGUGCUCCCUCAGACACCGAACCCAUGUCUGUCGCAUCCCCAGAGAAGCAAUUGACUACCACAGAAGCAAGCCCUGCACUCAAAGUCGAAAAUUUUACGUUCUUGGGCAACUUCCUAGCCAACUUUUCGGAUUGGACCCUGACUGGCUACUUUUCUGCGUUGCAGUCCCAACAAACCCCGGUUCUGCUUCUCCGCGAAGAUCAGCUUCAGAUUGCCCAACUUUUGGUUGAGCAAAUUACACAAUCAUCCCUCAAGCACCCACUGGAUGAGCAGAACGGCCCCGUCAACCUCGAAAGUCAGUCUCUUUUGCAAUCUUUGGACGAUGCAGAAUUUCCAGGUGAAGUCUCGAAGCUUGACUUCAAGAGAUACACCUCACUGCAAGACGAAUUUACUGCCAACCAUCCACAGCAGCAACCGCCCCAAUAUCCAAUGCCACCUAAGGAUGUCCUCAGGGGCUUCAUUGCAAGGCUACCUGCACCCCACAUACGUGUUCGUCGGGGUAAGGAGUACCUAGAAGCUCUCCCUUUCGCUGUCAACUUUUGGGAGACAUUCGGCCUUCAGCCAGCUCAUGGGCCAAAGAAUAUCUCCGCUUAUUGUAUCUACCCACAUACUGCCUCAAAUGCGGCAGAUUUGUUUCUGGGACGGCUUGGCCUUCUAUACGAAGAAGGCUGCAGCCUUGGAACCCAUACUCGCGGAGACGACUCUGCGGGGUUUGAAAAGGGUUUGAAGUCAUGGCAGUCUGGUUCAUCCAGUUACGAAUCCAUGAUGCUGGUUCUGAAGAAAAUGUGUGAGGAGCUUGGAACGGAGCUCUCUCAAUCUCCACCCACGGCUGAUAACUGUGUCGUCUACAUCAUCAAUCCCUUCACUCAUACUGCGGCACUGGCCGAUAUUUGUUCCGCCUUCUGGCAUCUCUUCCAGCAAUUGGUAGCCGAUUCCGAACGUCGACAAGUCCGGCCCGUCAAUGAGCUUGUACUGCAGAUCAUUCCGAUGGAAUUUGUCAUGUCGAGUGAGGCAUUGGUCAUGCCUUCCCAAGAAGACUAUUUGAAUCUGGCUCUGGAGGUAUAUGGUCGAUGUCGCCCUAAAGGGAACGAUACAAGUCCUCUGCUCUGCACACCACCAAUAUUUCUAGCCGAUCCUCUCCCAAGAGCCAUCAGCUUUCGACUUGCACCUGAAAGGACGUCACCACUCCAGGAUGGACGAAGCCUUCAUAUUGCUUGUUCUAGGAGUCUAGAUCAACGCUGGAUAUCCGUGGCUUGGUCUGAUGUUGCUGGAUCUAUCCAAAGAACUGUGUCUUAUUGCCUCAAGUAUCGUCAGUCGAGUGGCAUCCGACCAAUAGCCGAUGUGAGGAAUGAAAUCUGGGCUACGACAAAACACAUCAUGGAAAAGAUCCAAGCACGGUGGAAAGUUCAGCUUGUGACCACGGAGCCCAUGGAAUCUGAUGAAGUCGAAGCAUGGACCAGCUUCGCAGAUCAAUACAACAAAUCGCGACCCACCUCACUGGAACUGACCAUCCUCUCCGUUAACGCCAUUCCCGAUUUAAUUCUCGAACCCCCAAUUUCCCCAAUAUCGAUGGCCGUCUUCAACCCGCUUUCCACAACCCCCGUCUCCACCCCCAACCCCAACAACAGCAUUGCAUCCCCUGAACAAUCUGGCAACGCAGCAACACCAAGCAGCGGCGGCCCGGCAGCGUACAAUGCCCCAACCCCAACAGACAUGUCCCUUGAACCAGACCCAGAUCUCGCCCUGACAGACAUAUGCGAUGAAUCCUGGCUAGCAGUCCUAUCUCACCGCCUCAACAGCUCCGCCCACCUCACCGAUUUCCGUCCCGCCCUGUCAAGCGGCUAUCUCCUCCGCCGAAAAGGCCCCACCGACAGCGACGGUGUCUUUGCCUUGACGGCUAAUUUAAUCUACUCCGCCCGUCCUCCUCCUGCCCAUGAUAAUGUCUUGAAGGAUACGCUCAGCAUGUAUCGGGAUAUGGCGACUCUUGCUCGUGUCAAGGGUAUCCGCUGUGUGCAGGGUAACACCCUACCCUGGCAUAUUGCCACAGCUCUUCGUGCUCAAGAGCUAUUAAGUUAUACAUUUUGA